AUGCAACUGAUACGGUGGCCCACAAGCUUGCUUGCUAGAUUGAGCUGCAGCUUUCUAGCGGGGUACUUGCUGAGCUUCAUGAAUGGAGAUGAGAAGCAGCCAGACAGCCGUCGGGAACCUAUUUUAAAGAUCCAAGAUCGAUCCAAGAUCGAUCCUGACGUUCUUACCAUACUCGCAAUGGCACAAACGUCAUGCGUGUGA